CAACGCUGCAAUGUACGUGACAAGUGUAUGUCUAUCCCGGAGUAACGACGAGGUCGUUUAGUGCGUCAGGUCAGAGUUACAGCAUCAACAUUGAGGAAACUAAAAAUGUAAAACAGGAUAAUGAUUUCUUUGAAAUAAUGAUACAUCAAUGUAGAGUGGAGAAGAGUGAUACAAAAGUUGAUGAUAUACUAAUAAUGAAGACUGAACAUGCAAUAGCUAAAGUUGCUGUAGAGGAACCAAGUAUCAAGAGCAUCAAACGUGAACACUGGGAUCGGGUUAAUCAGGUCAAAACAGAGAGUGAAUUAGUAGUUGUUAAAUCCGAAAAACCAAAUACAGAGGUAUCUGUAGACAUGAAGUUCGAAGACACGUUAACACUGAAAGACAUCAAAUCUGCAUAUGAUGAAUAUGACGUAUCUGAUUUAACAUGGCAUAGAAUAAAAAAUGAACAAAUGUUAGACCUGGAGAUUGAAGGUCACCUGACAGUAGAUACUGUUCAUCAGAUGAAAAUGGAGUUCCAGGAGUCUGAAAAACUGGAAGAGAAAACACCUUUGAGCAGCACACAUUUUGAAAAUACGGACGCACUUGGACUGCAUGAAGAAUUUGACAUCAAAGUUGAGAGUGACCAAAAUGAGGGACAUGAUUCGGCGACUAAUAGUGCACAAAGAAAGAAUAUGUGGAAACGCGAACAGACAUAUUCACAGAUCGAAGAAAAAAAGUUAUUUAGCUGUAUUUGUAACUAUACCAAUCAUUCUAAAAAUGGAUUAAUUCUCCAUAUCAAGAACAAUUGUCAUUUAGGAUCAAAUUUGAAAAAAUCACCAUUUGUUUCCAGGAAGCUGUCCACACGGAAUGAAUAUGUUUGUGUCAACUGUAAAGAGGUGUUCAAACUCAAAGCGUCACUAUAUAGUCAUAUGGCUAGAAACCAUGCCGAAUGUAUUGCAUCAAAAUCAUCUACAAUACAUGAAUGUAUGUUCUGUGAUUUCAAAACCGUCCAUAAAAGUCAUUUAACCGGACAUCUGUCAAAACACACUAAACCAUCUGACACACACAUAUGCAAAUGCUGUAGUAUUUCAUUUAAAACAAAGGUAUUGCUCUAUGACCAUACUCUAAAGAAACAUCCCAUCUUUAACGGCAUUGUUUCUAGUGAGAUAUAUGAAUGUAUGUAUUGUUCAUUCAAAACAACUGAUAGGAGUACUUUCAUAAGGCACAUGGCAAAACAUAAUACUCAAAAUCCUUUUGAGUGUACAAACUGUUAUGCGUCAUUUAAAAGUAAGGUACGUUUAGAUGACCACAUUUUGGAGAAACAUGCCAAGUUUACCGCUUCUGUGUCCCAUAAAAUACAGGAAUGUACACAAUGUGAAUAUAAAACUACAUUCGCAUACUCCUUAGCUAAGCAUAUCGCGAAGCAUACUGGAGCUAAGCCCACGUGUACAAGGUGUGAUGCGUCAUUUAUAAAGAAAGUAUCAUUCGAGAAUCACAUUUUACAGAAGCAUCCUGAGAUUACUGAUUCUGUAUCUAGUAAGAUAUAUGAAUGCACACAUUGUGAAUAUAGAACUACAGGAGCUCGGUAUUUAGCUGUUCAUAUCAUGAAACAUACUGGGGAUAAAUUCACUUGUACAAAGUGUGAUGCGUCAUUUACAAGCAAAGAGUGGUUAGACAACCAUAUUUUACAGAAACAUCCUGAGUUUACAGCUUCUGUGUCUCGUAAGAUACACGAAUGUACGCAAUGUGAAUAUAAAACUGCAUUCGCAUACGACUUAGCUAGGCAUAUCACGAAGCAUACUGGAGCUAAGAAUAUGUGUACAAAGUGUGAUGCGUCAUUUACUAGCAAACAAUGGUUAGACAACCAUAUUUUACAGAAACAUCCUGAGUUUACGGCUUCUGUGUCUCGUAAGAUAUAUGAAUGUACAGAUUGCGAAUAUAAAUCUCUACACAAGCAGCAAUUAACGAUGCAUAUGGUGAAACAUACUGGAGCUAAACUUACGUGUACAAAGUGUGAUGCGUCAUUUAUAAGCAAUCAAUCAUUAGACAACCACGUUCUACACAAACAUCCUGAGUUUGCUGAUUCUGUGUCUUGUAAAAUACAUAAAUGUACGCAUUGUGAAUUUAAAACCACACACUCUGGGAAUUUAGCUAGUCAUAUAAAGAAACAUACUGGAACUAAGCUCACGUGUACAAAGUGUGAUGCAUCAUUCACGUUUAAACGAACACUAGAUAACCACAUUUUGCAGAAUCAUUCGGAGUUUACUGAUUCUGUAUCCUUUAAGGUUCAUGAAUGUACAUAUUGCGAAUAUAAAACUACACAUGCUCAGAAUUUAGAUAGGCAUAUCAUAAAACAUACUGGAGCUAAGAUCACGUGUACAAAGUGUGAUGCAUCAUUUACGUUUAAACGGUCAUUAGACAACCACAUUUUACGGACGCAUUCCGAGUUGGCUGGUUCUGUAUCCUUUAAGAUUCAUAAAUGCACACAUUGCGAAUAUAAAACAACAUUCAGGCAACACUUAGCUAAACACGUAACAAAACAUACGAGGUCUGUAAAUUAAGUGAUAUAACUGAUUUUUAAUUUCUUUUUAUUCAAAUAUAAAUACAAUUUUAUAUUCUAACUUCCUUCUAUAGCCACAGACUGUUGGAAACCGUUCUUCCACCCCUCAUAGCAGUGCUGGAACUCCGAUACUGGAAUAGCCUUCAACUGGUCGGUUACAGCCGUUUAAAUGUUUUCGACUGUCACAAAACGAGUUCCCUUGAGGUGAUUUUUCAACUUCGGGGAGAGAAAAAAGUCACAAAGACUCAAGUCAAUCAAAUAACGAGGGUAAGGAGCCACAGGAAUGUUUUUACUGGCCAGAAACUCGUUUAUUGACAUUGCUGUGUGACAAGGAGCAUUAUCGUGAUGCAAUACCCAGUUGUUCUGAAUCUUGAUGUGAGUCAAAUUUAACUCAUCUGAGAAUUCAGACAGUCAACCGACGAUUUGAACGUACAAGAUCCCGGAUCUGUAGAUAUUUUCAUCGGUUCUUCUGCUUCGUGGUUCAUGUUCAAUCGACUCUCUCCCUUCUGCAAAUGCCUUAAACCACUGAUAAUCAGACCCCAUAGCCUUGACACAGGACCUUGUUUGUAGCUUUCCGCAGUUGGACCCUGUGGUUCCUUCUAUCUGAGAUUGUAGCCUUGCCAGGCCUUCUCUGUGACAGCAGAUGCAUUGGGCUUUCCUCAUGCUCUCUGUUCAAAUGGCAUGCGGCGUCUCCUGCCAGACCCCAAGAGCCUAUAUCGAUUUAGACGACAGUGUCCUGCCAGAAGACCCACUAUGGCCUUCCUAAGUCCGAGUGGGUCAUCUGUAAAUGCGGGCUUUUGUUCUGUGCCCAAGUCUGAAGCAAAACCUGAUAGCACACCGUUGCUCGAAAUUGAUGUAACUCAUUUUUAGAUCACAAUAGAAAAAACUGAUUCACAAAAAAAACUCGCUACAGACAACCGAAUGAGUCGAGCGAGUUCAAACUUGUACUGAAGGCGGAUCACAUGUUCCACUGUUUCCCCUCCAGUGUUGCCAGAUCGAACGCUGCGUUGCCAGUCUUAUCGCUUAGCAUACAGAUCUCGUUUAGUCGUAGUCAGUGUUUCUUUUGUGGUGAACUUGUACUUUUGCAGGCACAAUUAAUUUUUAUAUAUGAAACAUAUUGCUUGUGUAUGAUUUUUUAGUCUGCCCAGGAAGUCUUCAAGUUAUUUUGCAAUGUAUUUCUAGAUGUAUUUCCACUUGUUUAUGUAGGUAAUAUGUGGCGGGAUAUUCUUUGUUUACUUACUGUGUCCUUUUCUGCUAUAUUUCUAGGUCUAUUUAAUAAAAUUCUUAUAAUUUUUAAUGAGUAUUACUUUUAUUAGAGGUAUCUGACUAUAUGCAUUUAAUGUUUUAAGACAUCAGUAGCGGGGUGGGGUGAAGUGGCCAAACAGCUUGUGAGACUGCAUGCCCAUGGUUGAAGGUUAAUUUUAUCGUUUCAUAGUUAGCCGAAGAACGGUUCAUGUAUGCAUUCAAUGAAAAUGAACCAGAUUGCAUAGAAUGCUUUGUGUGCAAAGUCACUAGAUGGUUGAGAAGCUGAAAAUAAUUCAUGGAACAUUCAUUUAAAACAGAGAGAUUGUCCAUUUGCAACACUGCAGAAAUCUAUUGAAGCUAACUGUACAGGAAUUUAUUGAAGCUCAAAAAGAAUGCAUCCAGAAAGUCUUGAACUUGGAGAGCAAUAUAAGGGAAAACCAAAUUUGUCUAACCGCUUGAGUUCAAUGAGUACGAGAGAGAAGUGUGUGUAGAGACAUAAGUUAGAAAGAGAUAGAAGCCGGAUGGAAGCUUACCGCGACGGUGGCAAGCAACGCCGACGCGACAACCUGCCGCGUUGCCAAUAUAUUACAUCAGUUCCUUGAAUGAAGAUGCAUGUUGAAAAUAUGUCAGUUUGUUCUUCUCUACCAAAUGAUGGUUUUAUUUUGAGCAUAGUCAUUUUUGAAUUGUGAAGAAUCUGUUUAAGAUCGAUUACGGAUCGGUCCUAACCGCGAUCCAUUUUAGGUCGAAAUGAAAGCUCAUGAUCGCCACAAAUUCAGUAACAUUGAAUGAUUGGUUCCCCUGACAGUACCGCAUUUCGUACAUUCCAAGGCAAGGUGUCCAUAGUCGAGCGAUUUUGGUCAGUACACAUCUAGCGCUCGUAGGGGAGUGUCGUCCUGUUUCGAAAUGGUUUUAACCUGCUUACAGGCAGGCAGUGAUAAUUUGUAUUGCUCGCUGACGCAAAAUGUAACAAGUCAGGAUGUGUUGAUUUUAUCACCACCAGUGGAAAUCACAUAAUUCUAAAAUAAAAGACUAAGCCGCAUCAAAAUUGAAAUAAAUAAAUAUCAAAAUAAAAACAAAAUAUUAAAUGUUCGAACGUACCUUCUUCUUGGGUUUGACAGUAACCUAAUCUAUUGUAGAAGCCUGUGCGAACAUUUUCUGGUGUAACAUGUUGGCAACGCGGCAGAUUGCACGACCUUCUGCGUCACUGUCGCCAGUCAAUGUGGUGAUGACUUUCGCUCUUCAGCCGGCUUCUAUAUCUUUCUAACAUGUGUUAAUACACACUUAUCGCUCUUCUCUCUCGUACACAUUGAACCCAAGCCUUCUGACAAUUUUGGUUUUUCCUGUAUAUAAGAAAUUACCACCAAAACUUUAAUAAUUUAGAAAAUGUAUUUACCUCAAAAUGAUUUAUUUCCAAUCCUGAUUCAUACUAUUUUUUUUUAUUUUUUAGUUAUAGCAUUUUGAUACAAUUGCCCUAGGUAAUACAGAUAUUUUAUUAAAAAAAUGUAGGAUGUUCAUGAUUUUAUUGAUGCCUUGCCAUGUUUUUGUAACUGUCUGUGACAUCAUCUACAAAAUUGUAAAUUAUAGAAGAUGGAUUCUUACUUUGUUGGUAUGACUUUUUCUAAUAUACAUAUAUUUGACCAAGUGUAAAGUUUGUAGGUAUACUGAAUAGUUUGGACCUUUUUGACGACUUGCCUCAUUUUUCCCAGGCUGGGUCAGUUAAACAUUUCAAAACGAGGAAAUUGUACUUUAGGUACACGUGCCUAAUUCAAUCAACAAUCAAAUCAAAUUAGCUGCAAAAUUAUUUAUUUCAUGAUGAAAAAAUUACAAAAGAAUUUUUCAGUUGGAUAUGCAACAAAAUGAGUAAGGUAGAGAGAGAAAUAAAAUGCAACUCUAAAAGUGAC